CAGAGUUUGUGGACAGUUAUUAGGAAAAAAACAUAACUUUAUAGGAGAAGUUCUUAAAAUGAAAUUGGAGAAUCUGUUCCAUGUUAAGCUGACAGAUGUAGAUAUUAUCCAUCCUCCUAAUAUAUGUCAAAAAUGUUAUUGCACAUUAAACAACGUCCUUAAAAGGAAAACAUGGACUGCUCUUAGUCUUUGCACUCAAUGGAAACCCCAUUCUGAUAACUGCUUUACUUGCCAAUCUGUAGAAAAGCUUAGUAAAGGUUUAAUUUUUUCUAAUGUGCAAUCCAAAAAUAAAGCUAAAUGCUCUGGUCGUCCAAAAGAUAAUACAAAAAGGUGGACAUUUUCAAUGUUUGAAAUCAUACGAGAAAAAAUAGCCACAUUACAUGACGAGGAGAUAAAUAUAGAAGAAUUAAAUAAUGAGUUAAACCCUCAUUUACAACUUUGUUUAUGUAGUAUAUGUAGUAGCAUACCAAAGCAGCCUUUAACUUUAAGAAAAUGUGAACAUCUUCUCUGUUUUUUUUGUAUAGUAGAAAAUAUAAAAACAAAGCCGAUUAGUGACACAGUGUGUCCUCUAUGCAAAGAACAUAUAGUUUAUGAAGACUUAUCAACUAGUAAAAACACUAUUUUUCUUAUUAAAAUGUUGACUGUUGCAUGUAUUACAUUCACACAAAAGUUUAAUAUAGUUCAAGAAUAUACUAUAUACAAGGAUCAUAAAAGCAUAUGUCCAAAAAAACUUUUUUGUCACUAUCAACAUCACCACAACCAUCAUCAACAACAUCACAUCUGAAACCAUUUUCAUCUAAAACCAACAUAUCAGAUGUUUUCAUGCUUACAAAAGACAGUGUAAUUCCAAGAAUAGUGGAAGAUGCUGCCCUUCACACUAUUAAACAAAUGAUGGCUAAAAAUGAUGAUAACAUAGUUACAUUUAGAAGCGGAGGACCUCGACCUAAUUCUUUUUUACCUGUUUCCAAAGCUUAUGUUUGCAGCAACAAGGCAUCAAUCAAAACAAAAAAAUGCAGAAAUUCUUUGUUAAAAAAUCAGCUGCAAAUUAUUGCAGGUAAAUAUGUUGAUGCUGUUGGUUGCCAAUCUUCACAGCUUCUUAAAUCAUUUCAACCAGAAACAAGAGAACUGAUAUUAGCCAAUUCUAAUAUUAAUAGAGUUACAAUUGGUGCUGCUGAAAUGGUAGCGAUAAAAGCAGAUUUAAGUUUGCCUUGGGAAAAGCUGAAAACAAUAUCUAAGUGGUUAAAGACAUUUGAUAUUGGUAUAGCCUCUCAUGCUUCCCAAAGGGUAAUUUUUGAUAGAUUAUCAGGAGAUGACAUUAUUGUUGAAAGUGCUCCAUUUGCUUUUCAAAAAGAAAAAAAAGGUACUUUUGAAAUCAAGUUAGCAUCUUGGGGUUAUAUAGAGAAUUUACCUGCAAAUAUCCAAGACAUCUUGAAAAAUUAGAUAGCUGCAAUAGUCUUAUUCAUCAUGAAUUUAUAGCCCAUAAGGAGAUCCACAUAAAAAUUGGCGGAGACUAUGGCGGAGGCAGUUUUAAAAUGAGUUACUAGAUAUUAAAUACUCAUAAUCCUAACAACAAAGAUAACACAAUAGUUUUUAACAUUUUUGAAGCAAAAGACUAUAGAAUUAACAUCAAAGUAGCUAUGGCAAAGUUUCAAAAGCAAAUAGACGAUCUUCAAAAAAUGAAAUACAAGGAUUAUAGCAUUAGAGUCUUUGUUUUUGGGGAUUAUCAGUUUCUUUGUGCACUCUAUGGUAUUUCAGGAGCUUCAGGGAAACACUGUUGCCUUUUCUGUCAUGCAACAUCUAGUGAAAUGAAGGAUAUUGAUUUUCAAAGGACAGAAAUUAAAGUUCGUACCCUAGAAGAUUUAUAUAUUGAUUAUGAAAGAUUUAUGGAAAAGGGAGGUGUGAAGGAAGACGCCAAGUAUUUUAAUAGUGUUAUAACAGAGCCUAUGUUAAAAAUACCUUUAGAUCAGGUAUCUUUGCCAAGUCUUCACAUGGCUCUUGGAAUUUAUUUAAAUUUUUUCAAUUACUUUGAAAAUUAAGUUCAUGAAUUGGAUAUUUUAAUGGCAGCAGAAGCAUUAAAAAUGAAAAAUAACUAUGCUUCUAGUUGCUCAGACGAAUAUAAAACAUUUAUAGGAGAACAGAAGGAGUUAUUAAGUCUUAAAUAUGAGAUUAUCUGCCUUGAUGAAAAACUUGAAUGGUUAAAUGAUAUGGCUUUGCUUGCUGCAACACAGAGUUCUGAUGAGAUGGAUAUUCAAUCUCUUUACAACUCUGAUAUCGAUUUUAUCAAUUGCAAAAAAGAAGAAAAGGUUAGUCAAUUAAACACUUUAAUGCAAAAGCACUCAUUAAAAAAAGGUCAGGGGCCGUGCACAAGAAAAAUAGAGACAGUUCUUCAAAAGUUAAAAGUGCAACGGCAAGCAUAUCAUGGGAAAAGUUUUAUUGGAAAUCAUGUGCAUAAAAUGCUUAAAAAGUCCUCAUUACUUGAGUUGUGUAAUGCUAUUCCAAAGCUUGUUUAUGAAGAAGGACUAUCUGAAACAGAUGUGCAUAAAAGAUCAAUUGAAAUUAGUACAAAAUAUAAAAAGCUGUUCGAUAAAUUUGCUCAAUGCUACUUCAUUUUUUCUUCCAAAAAUACUAUGACAACAGAAAAAUUGAAUCUUUUAAAAAAGAAUAUUGAAGACUUAAUGCAAUAUUUUCGUGCAACUUUUCCAGAGAUUUCUGUUACACCUAAACUUCACAUGUUGGAGCAUCACGCUGUUCCAUUUUUAAAGAAAUGGGGUGCUGGUUUUGGGUAUAAUAGUGAACAGGGUGGAGAAUCUGUUCACAUGGAGUUUAAUAAAUUAAAAACAGUUUACCAAUCGAUUCCUUGUCCAACGAUGCAACUUAAAAGUAUUUUAAAAUGUCAUCAUCAAAAGACGAACCCUGAAAACAUGCGACUUAGGCCUUGUUUAAAUGAAAGGAAAAGGUGUUGAAAAUAAAAUUAACAAUAAUACUUUUUUCGUCAUUAAUGU